UCGUGAUGACAGCAGAUGACAGCUGACUGAGCUAGCGCGCUGAAGGAAAGGGGAGAUCAGGAACGGUCUGGAAUAGACAUAUCUAGCGAUUUAACUGGUCAGACACUGACAUUAUUUCACGGUUAUAGGGAUUCCAUAAAGAACUGGUAUACUAUCAACAACUUGUUUGACUUUAGCCUCUGAGUGAGCUGGUAAAGAUGGUGAAGCCAGACAUCCACACUCUGGCCCACCACCUGAAGCAGGAGCGGCUGUAUGUGGCUUCAGAGAAGCAGCUGAUCCAACGGCUCAACGGGGACGUGCUGAAGACUGCUGAGAGGCUGUACCGUGCUGCCUGGAUCACCAAACAGCAGAGGAUCAACCUCGACCGGCUCAUUCUCACCAGUGCUGAGGCCUCCCCGGCCGAAUGCUGCCAACAUGCCAAAGUGCUGGAGGACACGCAGUUCCUGGACGGCUACAAGACUCUGGGCUUUCAGGAGAGCAUCUAUGGGGAGUUCCUGGGUCGGGUGCGCGAGAACCCUCGGCUGUUGGCCUCCUGUCUGGUGGCUGGGGAGAGGCUGAACCAGGAGCACACACAGGGGGUCAUUUACACGGUCUUCACCUCCCUCUACGGUAACUGUAUCAUGCAGGAGGAUGAGCGCUACCUGCUGCAGGUCCUCCGCUACUUGGUGGAGUUUGAGCUGAAGGAGAGCGACAACCCUCGGCGGCUGCUGCGGCGGGGCACGUGCGCCUUCAGCAUCCUCUUCAAGCUCUUCUCCGAGGGGCUGUACUCGGCCAAGCUUUUCCUCACCGCCACUCUCCACGAGCCCAUCAUGCAGCUGCUGGUGGAGGACGAGGACCACCUGGAGACGGACCCCUCCAAGGUGACGGAGCGCUUCACGCCGGCCCAGCAGGAGCGCCUGUUUGGGGAGAAGGGCUCGGAGGGCUACAGACAGAAGGUGGCAGCUGCCGUGGAAGCCAACGAGGCCAAGCUGGUGACCCUGGUCAACAAGUUCAUCGGCUACCUGAAGCAGAACACCUACUGCUUCCCCCACAACCUGCGCUGGAUAGUGUCUCAGAUGUACAAGACGCUAUCGUGCGUGGAACGGCUGGAGGUGGGUGAGGUGCGGACCAUGUGCACGGACCUGCUGCUCACCUGCUUCAUCUGCCCAGCCAUAGUCAACCCUGAGCAGUACGGCAUCAUCUCAGACGCCCCUAUCAACGAGGUGGCUCGCUUCAACCUCAUGCAGGUAGGGCAGCUUCUUCAACAGUUGGCAAUGGCUGACGAUGAUGGAGACCCCCGGAGGAAAAACAGUUUGGCCAAGUUCGAUAAGAGCUGUGUAGCUGCCUUCUUGGAUGUGGUAAUCGGAGGGAGAGCUGUGGAGACACCGCCCAUGUCCUCCAUGAACCUACUAGAAGGACUCAGCAGGACUGUGGCGUACAUGACACACAGUCAGCUCCUCUGCCUGGUGGACUUUGUACGGAGUGUGAUGGCAGGGGACCACCUCCGGGAGGAGGAGCACAUGCUCCUGGAGACCAUGCUGGCCAACGUUCCCCAGUCCCGCACGGUGAAGAGCAACAGUCUGGAGCUCACCCCCUCCAACACCCCCCAGCUCUCCCCAGCCACCACCCCCGCCAACAAAAAAAACAGGAACAUAGGACAACAGUUAGCAACUUCCUGGGACUCCACAACCACCACCCUGUCUGCUCACAUUCCAUUAGUUACCCCUUUUGCCUCCCGCAGUCGUAGCCGUUCCGAGCUGGCCCAGCAGGGGGAGGCAGAGGCUAGCUCUCUGGAGUCCCUGCAGGAGGUUAUGCCAGAGGAGGUGCUGGUGAUCUCACUAGGAAGCAGCCCGCAGACCAUCCCUGGGAUGAUGUCAGAGAAUGAGGUGUUGACCAUGCAGCUGACUGAUGGGUCACAAGGGGACACUCCUGCAGAUGACACCAAGCACCAUGGCAAGCCAGACAAAACCCUACGCUUCUCCCUCUGCAGUGACAACCUGGAGGGCAUCUCAGAGGGUCCAUCCAACCGGUCUAACUCCGUGUCGUCUCUGGACCUGGAGGGAGAGUCUGUGUCUGAGCUGGGAGCUGGGCCAUCAGGGAGCAAUGGGGUGGAGGCUCUACAACUGCUGGAGCAUGAACAUGCCACCACUCAGGACAACCUGGAUGACAAACUGCGUAAGUUUGAGAUCCGCGACAUGAUGGGCCUGACAGAUGACCGGGACAUCUCUGAGACAGUGAGUGAGACCUGGAGCACAGACGUGCUGGGCAGCGACUUUGACCCCAACAUGGAUGAGGAUCGACUGCAGGAAAUAGCUGGGGCGACUGUUGAGAACAUGCUGGGCAGCCUGCUGUGCCUACCAGGCUCCAGCUCAGUGCUGCUAGACCCUUAUGGAUCCACCAUCUCAGAGACCACCAGCGAGGCCUGGAGUGUGGAGGUCCUGCCCAGCGACUCAGAAGCGCCAGACCUGAAGCAGGAAGAGCGUCUACAGGAGUUGGAGAGCUGCUCAGGGCUGGGCAGCACCUCCGAUGACACAGAGGUCAGAGAGGUCAGCUCCCGGCCCAGCACCCCAGGGCUCAGCGUCAUCUCAGCGACAUCAGAAGAUAGAGGCAAGACGGAGGACCUGCGGUCGGAGUGCAGCUCGGACUUUGGGGGGAAGGACUCUGUGACCAGUCCAGAUGGGGAGGAGUCGUCCCACGGAGCACACCACAGUUUGGCUUCUCCGGCCUCGCAGGCAGACUCCUUACUGGCCAUGUUCGAUCCCCUAUCCUCCGGGGAAGGUUUCUCUACUGGUACCAUCGUGAGGCCCAAAGUGCACUACGCCAGGCCCCUUCAUCCUCCCCCUGACCCUCCCAUCCCAGAGACCUGUGCCCUCGGCCAGGAGCCCCGCUACUCCCUGUUCACGCCCCACUGCCUGGCCCAAGCCGAGCUGGAGCACACCAAGCAGCGCCACUCCUACCCAGACAGGCUGGUACGCAGUCGCAGCUCUGACAUUGUCUGCCAAGGCCGCCGGCCUACCAGCGACCCGGGCCUCAACCGCAGAGCGGCAGCCGAGGAGCGGGAUCCUGCCGGGCACUUCUCCAUGGGGCCGUCCUCGUCCCCCAGCAAGGAUUCCCUAAAAGGAGAGGUUGAGGAGAGAAAGGACAGUGAUGAGGAAAAGUCUGAUCGCAACAGACCAUGGUGGAAGAAACGCUUUCAGUCAGCCAUUCCCAAAGUGCUGUAUUGGACGGCUGAGAGUGAAGUCCCAGCUCCGAUAGCCUUCCGGAAAAGGGACAGGCAGGAGAAAGACGAUGUGGGCCAUGAACGCGUCCCACAAGAUGACACUAUGUCCAGGAACUCCCAGGCCCAGGCAGCAGAAGACAUCCUGGACAAAUACAGGAACAUCAAGAGGACCAGCCCUAGUGAAGGAGCCACCGCUGCAGCCUAUGACACCACAGGAGAGCUGUGUGGAGAGGAGGGUUUACACGACGAAGCUCUGCAGAACAUGUCCACAGACGACCUGCCAGACUCAGCCAGCCAGACAGCCCAGCAACACGACUCCAGCAAGUUCUCAUUCAGUGAUGCAAAGAAGAAGUUGAGACUGGCCUUGUGUUCAGCAGACUCUGUGGCUUUCCCCCUCAUGGCUCCUGCCACCACACGCAAUGGGCUGCCUGACCACACGGACUCUGAAGACAAUGAGAUCGUGUGCUUCCUGAAGGUCCAGCUGGCGGAGGCCAUCAACCUGCAGGAUAAGAACCAGAUGGCCCAGAUCCAGGAGACCACUCGCUGCGUCAGCCGCUUCGACGCACGUACCUGCAGGAAGCUGCUGGCAGCCAUCGCCGAGGAUUACAGGAAGCGGGCGCCCUACAUAGCGUAUCUGACGCGGUGUCGACAAGGCCUGCAGACGUCCCAGGCCCACCUGGAGCGGCUGCUGCAGCGGGUGCUGAGGGACAAGGAGGUGGCUAACCGCUACUUCACCACAGUCUGUGUUCGCCUCCUACUGGAACACAUGGAGGCGAAGUCCCUGGACUUCAUCAAAGCCUUCCAGGGGUGCACAGCGUCAGACGACAAGACGGCGGCGGUGGAGGACUUCCUGCGCUACCUGUACGGGGCCAUGGCCCAUGAUGCCAUCUGGCAGUAUGCCAGCGAGGACCAGCUGCAGGAUGCCCAGAUGGCCAUAGAGCGCAGCGUCAUGAACCGCAUCUUCAAGCUGGCCUUCUACCCCAACCAGGACGGGGACAUCCUGAGAGACCAGCUUCUACAGGAACAUAUAGCGCGUCUCUCAAAGGUGGUGACGGCAAAUCACAAAGCUCUUCAAAUCCCAGAGGUGUAUGCGAGGGAGGCUCCCUGGCCAUCUGCCCAGUCAGAGAUCCGGACCAUCAGUGCCUACAAGACUCCUCGGGACAAAGUGCAGUGUAUCCUGCGCAUGUGUUCCACCAUCAUGAACCUCCUGAGUCUGGCCAACGAGGACUCUGUCCCUGGAGCUGACGACUUCGUCCCUGUGCUUGUCUUUGUCCUGAUAAAGGCAAACCCGCCCUGCCUGCUGUCCACUAUUCAGUACAUCAAUAAUUUCUACGCCAGCCGGCUGAGUGGGGAGGAGUGCUAUUGGUGGAUGCAGUUCACCGCGGCAGUGGAAUUCAUUAAGACAAUCGAUGAUCGCAAGUGAAGCAGAACCGCCACCUGUAUGGGGAAGGAGAUGGGAGACUGGGAGACUUCCCAACCAACCCUCUCCCUCUGCUCCCCAGGACCCAGACCCACACCCUGUCUGUAUAGCUGUACAUAGUCAGAGACUUUGAGAGAUUUAAAAAGUAUAUAUGAUUAUUAUGUGGACAAAAUCCAGGUUUUUAUCAUGGAGAAAAAGUCCUUGGAAAAAAUGGCAAAUGUUAACUUAAACUAAUUAGCAUUUUUCAUUUAAUCUCUUGUCUCUAGUCAUGGUGAGUUGUGGGGGUCUAUGUCUUGAAUGUUAUAUCUAAAGUUGCGAUUCUGACGUUAAAUUGACUGAUAAAGCGUCUAACCAGAUGAAAAGGGACCAUGUUUCCUAGAGAUGAUCUCAGAUAUAUGUUGUGGAAGGGGGACUACCUAAAGGUGAGCGAGAGAGAAAGGUUGUUAAAUUGUGCAAUCUUUCCCCUGAAAUACUCUUCAUCCUAAUGCUCUUCAAGAUGCAUCGUAUCCUGGAGAAUCACAUAACUCAAUAGAUACUGACUGAGUAUUAGUGACUCAAGUAAAUAAAUAUAAAAUCAACCCAAAAUAAUCCUGCUAAUAUUAGUAUAUAUUUUUUUGACAUUGGCACAUCAAUAAUAGGACAGAUUUUUUCAUAAAAUGUAAACAGAUGUAUUCAUUAUUCGGUUCAUCCUUCCCUAAAUACUUUCCGUGGCAAUUUGGACAGAAGGGCCCACAUAUUUAUAUAUAAAAUGUAUUUAUUUCUUUCAUUCUAUUUAAUGGAAUUGUAUUUUAUUUCUAUAAAUGAAAUCACACAUCAUGCCUAUUUAGGAGAUUUAAGGCAGCUGUUAAGGGUUGAGAUAUUUUAAUAUUGUUAGGAGGGCAAGCACAACAUUGUCCUCAGACUGAGAAGCCCCCAGGAUAAGUUGUUGGCUGUUUGCUACAGCUUAUAGACAGGGUCACCACUGAUCAGCUCCUGCACAAUAUCAGUAGUGCUGGUAUUUUUAGAAAUACUGAAAUGUGCCUUGAGGAGGGCCACUUUGUGUAAGUCUGUUUUAAAAAAAAACACAAAAAAAAACAUGUUUUCUUGAGAAUGAGGGUUCUGCUUUUGGUUUUCCAUAAAGGAUAGGCAUUACUUCCCCAUACCAUUAUCACAGGGGUGGGCAACAUACAGCCCGGCCUGCGAGCCCUAUUCAGUCUGGCCCCGCGGGACGUUUGAGUAAUAAAAAUAUAUAUAUUUUGGGGAAAUUAUUAUUAUUGGGUUAAAAAAUAAUCCAGGCCACUCUUGAACGUCUAAAACAAGAUCAAGUAUGUAAAAAUUCAAAUGUUAUAAUGACCUAUACGUUUUCAAUUAACUGCCAGCGAAUUACUUUUGACGAACAAAUCGGUCCAGGAAAAAAAUCUGUGUGCCUCUCCACGGAAUUUUGAAAAGCCUUCAAGCCUAAAUUAUUGCCCACCCCUGCAUUAUCACCUUUGAUCCCCACAGCCGGUCUCUCUGAGAAACCUCUUUCCAACCUUAGUGCUGGGAGUGGAACACCACUGGUUGUUUCGGUUCAUUCCCUUUGCACUCAUCCCCUUUCCGUUUUCCCCUUCAAUAUUUAAUAUCCUACCUCAAAGUUAGAACCAAUGAGCCUGACGUUUCUGUUUGUGCACAAUACUCUUUAAUAUUGGUUGGAUAUGAAGAGUAAUGGAACAGGUAUUCACUGUUUAGCAUCAGCUUCCUCUAUUGACACUGAUGACUGCUCUCUUGCAAUUACAUGGUAUAACAAGGUAGUAAAGCAUUUCCAAAUGAACAAGUUGACUAUUUCUGUAGUUUAAGCUGUUAUAAUGCAUGCAUGUUUCAGCAUAGAGCAGAAAGACUAGUGAUUGGAUUAGCUCUUUACCUCCUCACACGAUCAAGAAAGGGACUCUUAAAUGUAUAUGCACUCUUGUAUUAUUUGAUUUCUUCUUUCAUUUUAGAGUGCAGGGAUAUUCCAGUUUCAUGCUCUUUCAUUUACAGGCAUGUUUCUAAUCACUUACAGCCAAAGGCACCAAAACUCAUAAAAUCAUCUGUUUGUUGCAGCUACAAAAAGCAGGAACACUGCCCCCUCUGUGCAACUUUCCAUUGUGCCAAGUGUAUGUCUUAUUUUCUCUUUUAAAUCACUACUUUCAAACAGUAUCCCAUUAAUAGACAGCACAACAAAAAGAGCAAAUAAUCAGAACACUAUCUGAUAUGUUACUGACCAUUUGAAAAAGGCAGUGUGGGCUAUGUUGCGUGAGAGGUUUGUACAGUGAAUGUGUGAUAUGUUGGUUUGUUAAGUGUUUUUUUGAGAGGUCCACCCUCUUCCUCCUCUUUCACAACGUCAGGACGAUCUCCUUACUGUAGCUACAGUACUCCUCGAUGAGCUGUAAAUCCUUGUUGGUGAAAAACCUAAAAUAUUUCUAGAGUUAAUUUCGAACUCAGACCAGUUCUGAAAGGGUUGUGAAGAAUGAGGCUGGGUUUUCUUGUCUGUCUCACUGAUGUAAUUUCUUUUUCAAUGUUCGGAGUUUAAUUACUCUGGAUUUUUUUGUACAAGGUAAGCGAAGCUUGCUCCGUACAUUUGACAUGCAGAACUUCACAUGUUUUCUACUCUGCUCUUUAGUAAUGAGUCACACUCGUUUUAACUAAAGCCUCUGACAUUACAAAUGAUACUGUAACAGAGAUUUAUAUGGGUAGCUUAGCUAGGUCUGACUGUUACACUUUAUCCAAUAACAUCAGUCAAGGACACACAUUUAUAAGCAAUCUCAAGUUGUGAUAUUAGUGUUGUCUCCCCAUUUCCUGACUUAUGUUCCUGUUUUUUGAGUAAUGUGUGUACAGCAUCUAAUGGUUUUUAAAUACACCUGUGCAAAAUGGAUGAUACUGCUGUUUAACCUGUUUGAAAACAUACCCAUGUACUGAUUGGUCACAAAAUGUAGAUAGACUGUAACCAGAAGUGUUUGUGAUGUCACUUUAGAAGUAUGUACAGUACAGACCAAUGUGAUCAAACAAUCUGGACCUGGCUUGUGUAUUAAUGUUGCCUUCUACAUAUCAGUGAACAAAGAUACUUUUCAAUAGCUAGAAAACUACAACCAGCCUUUGUGUCUGACCUGAUUCAUACUGUUCAUACACAGUGACAGAAUACCUCACAUUGUGAAGUUAAAGUACAAAUACACAUCCUAACAUUGAGAAUAAUUCUGUACUAUAGCCUAAGUUUAGCAUUGAUUGUAUGCAAACAAGUGGACAGUUGCCAGAAUGGUGGACUAAAAGAGACUUGACUAUGGAAAUCUGGUCUUCAAAGCUUUACAAUCCUCUCUGUGCUCUAGUCCCGGUACAGAGUAGGCAGAACAAGCAGAAAAUAAUCCAUUGUACAUUUGUAAGCUUGCACAAUUAUGACAUAUGCGAAGGGGAAGGCGUUUGUCUUAUAUAAUUCUUUAAAACAAUAAAAUGCAUUUUUCUGUA